GUGCUUAUGACAGCUGUGAUGGUUUUCAUGUUUGUGCUCGAAAUCAUUUUGUUGACAUCAUCAUCAUUUAAACGUAGUUCAGGUAUUUUCACUGGUGGAAAAACAUUUUCAAAAGAAUAAUGAAUCUCAAAAACGACAUCCGAAUCAUGUCCCGUUCAAUGGUUUGCGAGGACAGUAACCUGCGGGGAGAUAUUACCAUAUCGAGCGGCUGCGUUAUUCAUCCGAGUACGACCAUCAUCGCCGAGUCCGGUCCGAUCGUGAUCGGGGAAAACUGUAUCAUAGAGGAGUAUGCCACGAUUGUUCAUCGCAUUCCGAAAGGUCAUCCGAGCUACGGUGACGUGCUGGAAGGUACGGUAAAACCGCUAGUUAUCGGGCCGGAUAACAUAUUCGAAGUGGGCUGCACUGUGGAGGCACUGAAAAUUGGCGAACGAAAUGUGUUCGAGUGCAAAAGUUACGUUUCAGCGGAUGUGGUCGUCACGAAUGGAUGCGUCAUUGGUGCCGGUUGCCGUCUGGUUGGUGAGCAGACACUACCGGAGAAAACGAUCAUCUACGGGAACCAGUGUCACCAGCGGGAAGCAAUUGAGAAGCAGAGGACGCAAAUGGUUCAAAUCGAUUAUCUGAGGAAGAUUCUGCCCAAUUAUCAUCAUUUGAAAAAAGCGUCCUACGAUCCGAAAAAAGCGCGGGCUCAGAUUUAGUAAGUGAAAGAAUGAUUAUAAUAUGGUAUUUCAACCGAAUUCCGUUCCACAGUUACGAUAAAAAAUAGAUGAUAAGUUUGUUAAUUAAGUUGCUUAUGUAUGUAUAUUUUAUAAUAAAUGUGUAAACGUGUA